CUCUGUGAGGUUUGCCACACUCUCUUCAUCCAGCAGAGGAGUAAGAGCAAAGAUAGAGACUGGCAGAGAAAGUGAAUCUCUGCGCAGGGUAAGACUGCAUAUUGCAGUCACUGUCUUGAGGUGUUUUUUACUGCUCUCCCUCCCACAGAUCCUGCAGAAAGGAUGGAUGUCUUCAAGAAAGGUUUCUCCAUUGCUAAAGAAGGUGUGGUGGCUGCCGCAGAAAAGACCAAGCAGGGAGUGACAGAGGCUGCAGAGAAGACCAAAGAGGGUGUCAUGUAUGUAGGUGCCAAAACCAAGGAAGGUGUAGUGCAUAGUGUGACUUCAGUUGCUGAGAAGACCAAAGAGCAGGCCAAUGUCGUGGGAGAAGCAGUAGUAGCCAGUGUGAACACAGUGGCAAACAAGACUGUAGAGGGAGCAGAGACCAUUGUGGCCACUACAGGAGUGGUAAAAAAGGAGGAUCUGGCUCAGCCACAGCAGCCUGAGCAGCCGGGGGCGGCGGGAGAAGCGGUGCAAGGCACAGAAGGCAGCGGAGAGGGUGAAAACGAAGGCCAUUAGUCAACUUAAGGACUUCUAGCUCGAGAGGAGGAGCAUAUAUGGAAACGUUAGCUGACACCACAACAGGAGACCCCUGCUAUCCACAGACUAACCGCAUUCGGCACUGUAGUCUUUCACUUGCCUCAUAAACCAAUCACACAAUAAAUGUAAGUCAGACUCCUGAUUGUAUGUAAAGUGCAACAGUUUGCUCUGGUACGUGUCUCCCCUAACCAUGUCCUUUGUGGCUUCCUGACCCACCGGCUUUGAGUGCUGUGACGCUCCGGUUUGUUGUGGUUGGACCCACUGAUCAGUGCCUCACGUCCAUCUGCACGGGCACUUGGGAUCUCUAGGUAUCAUGGAAAUAUUUUUUUUAACUAAUAAAGAAGUGUUUGAACAAAU